AUGCAGCGUCCUGUGACAUCAUCCGCCACACUGCUCCGAUGGGCAAAACCCUCGGCUACACUACGCUCCCCCGCCGUGCGGUGCUUCUCAUCAUACGGAAACGCCUACCAGUCAUCUAAGCGGGACAUGCAGACAGCGACUGCCUACCGUCCACACUCUCUCCCUUCGUCUUUCCCGCCUCCCCGUAGCAUCAGUGGCUCAGACUCCCUGAUGUCGGCCGAAUUUCCUCUUCCUGCCGAGAACCCACAGAACUCCCCAGCACAAACGAAACCCACAUCCACAAGCACUGCUCGGGAAAGUGAGGCCCAAAAGCCAAAAUCCGCCUCGCCUACCACCCAAAGUAAGACCGGGAAGCCCCGUCGACCAUUGCGCGCAAGAAAGGCGGCAAUGAAACUAUCCGACCUGGCCACUGAGCAACUGCGCAAGCUUAUGGAUCAACCCGAGCCCAAAUUUAUCCGUAUUGGAGUGAAGAACCGUGGCUGCUCGGGUCUUGCCUAUCAUCUCGAGUACGUCGAGAAGCCGGCCAAGUUCGACGAGGUGGUAGAGCAGGACGGUGUGAAGGUUCUGAUUGACAGCAAGGCCCUGUUCAGCAUUAUUGGCAGUGAAAUGGACUGGCAAGAAGACAAGCUGAGCAGAAAGUUUGUUUUCCGCAAUCCUAACAUUAAGGAACAAUGUGGAUGCGGUGAAUCCUUCAUGGUUUAA